CCAUUUCAAAGCCCAUUAUCCAGCUCCAGCCACUCAGAACCAGAAACGGAUUCGCUCUCUUCUUCAGUCCUUCCAAAUAAACCCUAAUUUCCGAGAGCCCUGUUCGAAUCAUCUCAAACGUGCGAUGGCUCUGAUGAGAGGGGCUUCAUUUUCUCUCUCAUCUCUGGGAUUGCAUCUCAACCCUCGGUUUCCUCCGACCUCUCGCUGCUUCAUUUCGAGAACAGCUCGUCUUUCUGUCCGGGCAUCGAUAGCCGUCCAUUCGGAAACGGGAACUGCAUACAAGAACAUAGGUUCUAGCAGCUCAAAGGUGCUACUAAAGGGAAUGGAUUACAGAGAACUUGAAAAAUGGGUUAAGUCGCGUGGUUACAGGUCUGGACAGGCUUUAAUGCUGUGGAAGCGCCUAUAUGGAAACAACAUUUGGGCACAUAGUAGCGAUGAAUUGGAAGGUUUAAACAAAGAUUUCAGAAAAAUGUUGAGCGAGGCUGCUGAAUUUAAGGCAUUAUCAGUGAAGGAUAUUCUCAGAGCAUCCGAUGGAACUCAGAAGAUUCUAUUCACGUUGGGAGAUGGGUCUGUUAUAGAAACAGUUGUGAUUCCAUGUGAAAGGGGGAGGACCACCGUUUGUGUCUCAAGUCAAGUGGGCUGUGCUAUGAAUUGUCAGUUCUGCUAUACCGGCAGGAUGGGCUUAAGGAAGCAUUUGACUGCAGCUGAAAUAGUAGAGCAGGCUGUUUUUGCCCGGCGUUUGUUCUCGAGUGAAAUUGGUUCUAUUACGAAUGUUGUAUUUAUGGGUAUGGGAGAGCCACUUCACAAUGUCGAAAAUGUCAUUAAAGCUGCAGCUAUAAUGGUUGAUGAGCAAGGCCUUCAUUUCAGUCCUCGCAAGGUGACCAUUUCAACCAGCGGGCUCGUCCCUCAGUUAAAACGUUUCCUUCGUGACUCCAACUGUGCUUUGGCAGUCAGUCUGAAUGCCACAACAGAUGAGGUGAGGAACUGGAUCAUGCCAAUCAACCGGAAAUAUAAUCUGGGCUUGCUUCUCGACACAUUGAGGGAAGAACUUCGAUUCAAGAAUAAAUACAAAGUACUUUUUGAAUAUGUAAUGCUUGCAGGAGUUAAUGACAGCAUUGAAGAUGCGAAGAGGCUAAUUGAACUUGUUCAAGGGAUCCCAUGCAAAAUCAAUCUUAUCUCGUUUAAUCCUCACUCUGGAUCGCAGUUUAGGCCUACCAGUGAGGAGAAGAUGAUUGAGUUCCGCAAUGUCCUUGCAGAAGCAGGGUGUGUCGUCUUCUUGCGGCUCAGUAGGGGAGAUGAUCAGAUGGCUGCCUGUGGUCAGCUCGGCAAGCCCGGAGAAGUCCAGCCACCCCUUCUCCGUGUUCCUGCUCAGUUUCAAAUGACAUUAUGAUUGGAAGCCCAUCUGAAAGGCUCUUGGUUGAUACUGACUGCCCAUUUGGGUUUCGAUCAUGCCCGAUCUUAUCAGAUAAGUGCUCUCAAAUGGAUUUGGGUUGUCGGGUUCUUACAUUGUGAUGUAAUCUCAUCGCUGGUUUGUGAAUGCUCUUUCUACCUUAUAAGUGUUUGUAUAUGAUUUGAACAUCUGAUUUUGGUGAUUCUUUCCCAAAUUACAAUUGGAUUUUGAUAGGAUUA